AUUGAAAAACAGAGGAGAAAAAGGCUUCGAAGGUAGGAAAAGAAGAUACCAAAACCUUCCCCACCACUUAGAGAUAAUUAACAAUUCUAUACCUUACCAAUCUUGAGAAGCCGAAAAACCAAAAGAUGAAUCACAUGAACCUCCUUGGAGCCCUAGAUAAGAAGUCUCCCAUAAAAACCAAAACCAGCAAACUGUUAAAUCCUCCAAUCCGAAUGUUGUUAUCGAUCCCAGCCCAAUGCCCUCAAACUCAAAGCUACCUUCAUCGCGAUCGGCUAGGGAUGGACGGAGGAAUGCAUUUGUGUGGUGUGGUGUCAUCAUCUGCACACUUCUCACCUUAGCAGUCAUCAUCGCCGGCAUUGUUAUAUUCGUAGGCUACUUGGUUAUGCAUCCCAGGGUACCUUACGUUAGCGUCGUAAACGCUCAGCUCGACCGGAUUCAGAUCGAUCACUUUAACGGUUUUCUUGAAAUACUGGUUACUAUAACAAUUAGAGCUCGGAAUGGGAACCGAUUGGCACAUGCCACCUUCCUACAUUCUAAUUACACGCUUAGCUUCGAAGGAGAAGACAUAGCCCAGUUGGUAGCACCAGCUUUUGAAGUAACUAAGAACAGUUCGGUUGAUUUUAACUAUGAAGUGCAAUCAUCACCCAUACCCUUGGGUCCAGAACAAGCAGAUCAAGUGGAGGCCGGUUUUAAUAAAGAUUUGAUUACGUUCGGCUUGAAGGGAGGCGCCCGGGUGAGAUGGAAAGUUGGGCGGCUUGGGCCGCUGGAGUUCUCGUGUCAUCUCGAUUGUCGGUUGCAUUUCCAUGCCUCCAAUCUAUCCUACGUUCCUUCAAGCUGUACUUCCAAGGCCAAAUGAUUUCUCCAUUUUUUUUUUUUUUGGCGUGGGUAAUUUGUAUGCUGUAUGGCUGUACUCUGUAAAUGCAUUUGCAUCAAUAGAAGGCAGCAGCAGCUCAGCCUCUUCCGGCCCUAACUCAGUUCAGCUACCUCUAUUCCUUCCAUCAUUAUGCUUCAUCUGUUGGUGUUCAUGAAACACGAAACGAGGCUUCCUUUUCCUUAAAACUAAUUUCACAAAAUGUUAUUUGAAGGUUAUUGAAACUAUUAUAAUUAACUUUAUUAUAUAUCACUCAUUUUUAUUUAAAAA